GCAGCACGCAUGCGUACGGAAAGAUUGUCAAUGGCGAAGAUUUGAAUCAGUGGCCUUCGACGCUGUUGUCGUCUAAUUCGAUGAGUUCUCCUUGUCGUCGGCGACACCCGUUGUCACAUUAGGGCAAGAAGGAAACAGAAAUGGACAAGGCGACUCUGUAUGCUAGCGAGUCCGCAGCUGGCGUAUCUUCCUAUUGGUAUCGUUUCCGACUUCUUUUCUUUUCUUGAAGUGACGUCUUUUAUUUCAAAGUGGGAAGUCAAUGUGUGCUGCGCUCCACAAAACCCCCAAAUGAUAGAAACACAAGCCACGAAAAAACAAAGCCUUCUCCACCACCACCGCCGCCGCACUCUAUCUCGGGUGCCUUUCCUUUAUACUUUCGCAUCUGCGAGGAGGUGUCAUCAUCACAAUGCCAAGCUACAAUUUGAUAACAACCGUCACUUGGAACUAGUAGUUGCUGCCAAGACAUGUGGAUUAUUAUUACCUUUGCUGGUACAGGAGCAUCAUAAGUACCAUCAUCACAACCGCUGCAAGUCGCCCGACUAACCUCGCAUUCUAUCCGAUCUCUCCCUCUCUCUCUCUCUUCUCUCUUUAGCUACCUGGGCUCUUAUUGUCGCCUUCCAUCGGUGACCACUGUCGUUUCGUCAAUAGCUACUGGCUCUCGGUCUGCUGUAAACUAGAGUAGGAGAGACUAUUAUAAUAUUUUCUGUUAUCGGAAACCUUGUGUUGUUGUUUUGUCGAGUGAAUGUCAUUGCGAGACGGGCACCUGACUGUUUACCGUCAAUGAACAUACGUCGCCUCCGCUCUGUAAUGUUUAAACAUCUCUAUCACCCAAACGACACUUGUCUAUCUUCACACUGCUUUCUAAAUUAACCAGGAUAAAUAAUCUAAACAUUACUACGAAAAAUGUCGAAUUAGCCGUGUCUUUGUUAUCUUUAUUAGACUGCUGCUAUGAAAGAAGGUCUGCAACAAUUAUUUCUUGCUAGCUUCUCUCCUCUCUACAUACAUUAUUUAUUUUACUACACAUGUAUACAGUAAACAUAUUUACUGAUACACUUUACAUAUAUCUAUUUAUAACCUCUGUUUUCCUCAGCUUUUACUUUCUCUCUUCUACUUCCUUUUAUGUUUUCGUUGCUGCAAGUUUUCAAAAGUAUUUCCUAACAACUUACUGCAAAAGGUUAUUAGUCGACGACACCUGACCGGGGGAGUUGUCACUGUUUUCCUCGCCGACAGCUUCUUGCUUUUUUUCCCUCCCUAUUUUUUUCUUUCUUUCUAAACACUAAAACACAACACAAUACAAGGAUAUCUGUUUUAUUUGAUUUUUUAUAUAUAUUUUAUUUUGCUUUCUACAUUUUCGAUGAACGAGCCUGAAGGAAAUCUAUUAACCGUCAUUUGGAUCUAUACGACUCAAUGCUGGAAAUAUUACCUACUGCGCUUUUGGGUCUUUCUUCCUUCUUUAUUUCAUUGUUGAUAUUGAUAUUUGGCAGAUAACAUGCAUAAAAACAGACAGUCGUCCGGUGGUUCUUCCUCGUCAGCAUCUAUGCCUAUGCCAUCGUCACAACUGUCUCAUCAUCCACAGCAACCACAGAACAAAGCCCUGCCGCCUCCCAUCAACAAUAAGUUGCUGCCUCCACCUAUAAAAAAAGAUGUCAAACACUGGAGCACAAGACUCCAGGAGACAGUCGUAUCCAUCCCUUCUGAUGGUGGCGGCGGACAGGGUUCGUCGAUUACCAUUAAGGGCGGUGCUGAUACGGGCUUCUUCUGUUAUGUUGGAGAUGUCCGCCACGACGAAGUAAAAUAUCAUUCCGGUGGGAAACUACAUUCUGAUGAUCUAAUCUUGGAGAUCCAAGGACAGAAAGUAUCGGGAUAUACAUUAAGAGAUGUUAACAUCUGGCUGAAGCAAGUCAGUCAGAAUGGAGCUCCUGUACUCAUUAAAACUUUACGUUCAGGACACCAGCCACCAACCGACUGCUAUUUAAGCAUAAUAAGAUCUUGUGGAAUCGGUUACUGGAGACAAUCUUGUUUAGGCAAUGCAUCUAAUUGGCCGGGUAUGCUACCAAGAGAUCUACGUCAGUACCUGAAUACUCGGUUUUUAAAAGGGUCAGUGGAUCAUGAUCUACAACAAACUAUUCGGGAUAAUUUAUACAUGAGGACGGUACCAUGUACCACACGUUGCCCUCGACCAGGAGAAAUUAACGGAGUUCAUUAUACAUUUCUUACUACUGAAGAAUUUGUGACCCUUGAGAAAAAUGGCAGUCUAUUAGAAAGUGGAAUAUUUGAUGGUAAUCACUACGGAACACCAAAACCCCCUAAAGAACCUAACGUAGUUCAUGUUCGGCGCACAGGGUCAGCUGGAAGUUUACUUUUUGGAAACAGCAAUCAAGGUGAAACAAAACGGAAGUUGCCUAGUAAUUCAGAAAUGUCAUCUUCUAAAUCUUCACUGCCGCCAUUCAGAGACAAUGUUCCUGUGAUACGACAACGGUCCUUGGAAAAAGCACGAAGCUCUUCGAAUCUUGGCCCUUUACCUGGAAAUUGGGAAACUGCUUACACUGCUGAUGGCCAGCAAUAUUUUAUAAAUCAUGAUACAGAAACUACCGAUUGGAUUGACCCUCGGCUCUCACAUUUACACAAGUCACAAACAGAAGACUAUAGUGAUGAUGAACCAUUUUAUCGUGAGUACCAACAUUAUGACGACAAUAGUGACGUGCCGUUGCCUCAAAGGAUUCAACGUGGGUCUGCUCUCAGUAGGUCAUACCCACUACCUAAAUUACCCUUUGGUUGGGAGAAAGUUGAAGAUAGCCACUAUGGAACCUAUUACAUUGAUCAUGUGAAUAAACGGACACAAUAUGAAAAUCCUGUAGCCCAAGCUAAAAAGUCGCAAAUUCCAGGGCUUGAUGAUGUGAUCGGCUCCUCCAGCACUUUCCCUCGCCAGAAGAAGAUACAGGAGCCAGCGAAACGUUCUGCCAGUGAGUCAGACAUGAAUGGCCAUAUUUUAGGUUCCGAAAAUAAAAUGAAGCCUUUUUUCACAAAAAACCCCUCUGAGUUGAAAGGGGAAAUGCUGAAAACAUCGUUGAUAAAGAGUGUCCGAGGAUUUGGUUUCACAAUAGUUGGUGGCGACCACUCAGAUCAAGAGUUCCUGCAGGUUAAAAACGUUGUACCAAAUGGACCUGCAUACACAGAUGGAAGGCUGAAAACUGGGGAUAUUCUUGUUUAUGUAAAUGAAGAGUGUGUCCUUGGCUAUACACACCAGGAUGUAAUCCUUCUUUUCCAAGCAAUACCUCCAGGUGAAGAAGUAAGCCUCACUGUUUGCCGUGGUUACAUGCUGCCAUUUGAUCCAGAUGAUCCAAACACGGAAAUUGUAACUCGGGUAGCUGUUUCUUUACCUCCAGACAGUGGAACAACCAACACUGGACCUUCCAAUUCAAUAGGUUAUGGUAGCAGCGGUAACAUGGAUCAAUUAAAUACGUCCCAAAAAAGUCUUAAAUCCUUGCCCGAUCUAGCUCGAUCUGCUGCCGAUAACAAUUCCAAUUUAAGUUUUGCUCAACGAAGCCAUAGUGGGGAUGUCCUUAAUACAGACAAUACUCCAGAUGUCCUCAUCCCAAACAGUAAUAAACCGGAAAUUUUAGUUGUGAACAUUAUUCGUGGUGCUACAGGUUUCGGUUUCACCAUUGCUGAUAGUUCCUACGGUCAACGAGUUAAACAAAUAUUUGAAAAAACUCGGUGUAAGAAUUUAAUGGAAGGUGAUAUUUUAUUGGAAAUUAAUUCAACAAAUGUGAAAGAUAUGGCUCAUGCUGACGUUGUUCAAGUAUUGAAGGAUUGUCCAAAAGGAGAAGAGACAGCAAUUGUAGUUCAAAGAGGCGGAAUUUCGUCUCCUGGGAAAACCCGAAAACCAGCAAAAUUGAUAAAAUCUAAUAGUGAAGGAAGCCGGCCAAAAAUUCCGCCAGAAAACAAUGUACCUGGGGCUUAUUUCUUCAACAGUAGUCAAGAACAGGUAUCUGACCGAGAAGAUGAUGAUGAGGAAUCUGAAGGCCAGUUAAAGAGCCCAACUGUUGAUUUUCACAGUCGUAAAGCACCUACCUCAAGUGAUCAGCGUUCAAAGUAUCUUUCUGAUCACCGACCAAAGACCCCAACAAGAACAGCUGUUGUGAAAACAGACAGUCGCAGUCGAACUGCUACCAUUGGACGGCCGCCAUUUAGCAACAAUUUUUCCAAAAAAUUUGAUAUUCGUAAGGAUUACAUGACAAAUGCUGAUGAUAAUUGGAGUUACAAUGAACAGAGAUCGUUUGAGCGGGAAUAUUACCCUAGCUAUGAGUACAGUACACGUCCUCCUCCAGGACCGCGCUCUGACCCUUUCCGUCAGGACUACACUGUGUCGCGAACAGAUCAUAGAUUUCGAACUGAAAUGGGAAUACAGAGACAAAACACAAUGCAAAGUUUUCAACAAGAAUAUGAUCGUUCUCAUCGCUAUGACUACGGUACACGGACUGAAGGAAUAAGGCCUGGACAGUUCCGGAGCAGGACGCCAGGACCAGAAUUAAUGAACCGGUCACUCUCUGGCGAAUCACGCCACGAACCCAAUCGUCCAAAAACUCCAACUGCUCAAGAUAUGAGGAGUAAAACACCUCUACCAACAAGCAACCACAAUCAUACAAGUGCUUCUGAUUUCCCUUUAACAUCCCGUUACCAAAAUGCCCCUAGCUCAACAUGGGGUAUGAAUGGUCAUAGGCAAGCUUUUGCUCAUAAAGCAUGGGCAUAUAGUAGUCUUGACCAUGGCACAAUCCAUCCUCUACGACGAGAGUCCUCUUUAGAUAACCCAGCUUACCCCUAUGAAAAAACAUAUUCCUCUAACAAUAACUAUGCCCCAAAUCUUGUCGGUGGACAAGGAACUCUUGGGAGCGGCACAGGGCGCCCUUCCCGACAAAGCACUUCAUUCGAAAAUGAAGAACCCACACCAAGCAAUUUAACACGGAUACCUAAACGCUAUCCACCACCUUCAUCUAACUCAUUUCAUCACCUUCCCGGCAGCCAAUCCCCUCGCAGCCCAAACAGAUUUCCAGAAUACGAUGAAGGAUUACGUCACAUGGAAAUGCUGGUUAUUCUCAGGAGACAAGAAAGUGGUUUUGGAUUUAGAAUUAUUGGUGGCACUGAAGAAGGAUCACAGGUAUCUGUCGGCCAUAUUGUUCCUAGUGGUGCAGCUGAUCUGGAUGGUCGACUUCGUACUGGUGAUGAAAUUAUCUAUGUGGACAGCCACUGCGUUCUGAAUGCUUCCCAUCACAGAGUGGUACAGCUGAUGGGCUGUGCAGCCCUCAAUGGCCGAGUCUCAUUACGUGUCCGUCGAAGGCUACUCACCACUUCGAUAUCAGUUACAGAACAACCCUUUUACCGAGCUGCUGGUGUAUCAGAAAGUUACCCUUAUGAUGUGACUGUAACACGUAGAGAACAUGAAGGAUUUGGCUUUGUGAUAAUUUCCUCUGUAAGCAAGGCAGGCUCAACAAUAGGUGAGUUCAUUGGUCGCAUCCUGGAGAACAGCCCUGCAGAACGAUGUAAUCGACUGCAUGUAGGGGAUCGAAUACUGGCUGUGAACAACGUUGACAUUUCCCACAUGCAUCAUGAAGAAAUUGUCAACUUAAUAAAAGAAUCUGAAUAUUCUGUCACACUCACUAUUGGGUCUCCUCAAGGCACCAACCCCGUUACUACUGAAGACAGCAAACAAAACACUAAUAAUGACCAAAAGACUUCAGGUGCUAGCCCUACCCAACAAAACGGAGAAAUUCAAACCUCAAAGGAUGAUGCUUCCAGUACAACAUCCACAUCACAGCGGAGUUCUGCUGGUUCAAUGAUAAAUGCAAUGGCAUAUCCUGCAAUCAGUGAGAGUGACAUCUCACACAGAUCUGACCAUUCUCCUUACCAUCAACCAACAAAUGAACGGUACAGCACAACACAACAUGCUGAGCGUCCAAAAGAUAUGAGCAGACCACCUCGAAUUCAAAAUCACCAAUCAUCCCAGGAAAAUGAAGAAGAAAUCUACUCAGUGGAGCUGCACCGAGGAACUCGUGGUUUUGGCUUCUCAAUACGUGGUGGCCGGGAGUUUAAUAACAUGCCUUUAUACGUCCUCCGAAUUGCUGAUGGAGGAACGGCUGAUUUAGACAGCAAUCUCAGGGUUGGUGAUCAGAUAUUGGAGAUCAAUGGAUAUAAUACCAAUAAUAUUACACACCAAGAAGCUAUUGAUAUCAUUCAAAAUGGAGGCAAUUCUGUACAGAUGUUAGUUAAGAGGACUGGUAAACCACCGCCUAGUUUUGAUGGCUUACCCUCCCCAACAAGCAGGACACCAGGCACUCUCAGUAUGGCUAAUGGGCCCAUUGGCCACAGCUCCCCUCAUAUGGGAAGACGUAAGAACCCAGAACGUCCAUCUGACUACUUUCCAGAGUACAGCACUUAUUCCCGUAAUUAUCCAAACUAUUGAAGAGAUCCACCAUCUUUACUCUUGUCAUGAACUCAUCACUGCUGCAGCCGAGUAUUUAGAAAAGGGCUGUGACCGGUCGAGGCGACAUUUACGAGAGCUGCCAGCAGCUGUCAGAUGAAACUGGGAGACAGGACAAAAGUCCCUUAACCUUGUUGUGAUAAAAUAUUUCUGUAUUGUACAAAAAGGAAAGGAGUUGAAUGCAGAAAUAGAUGAUAAAAAUAUGAUUAUAUAUAAUCAAGAAGUCUUACCACUUACACAAAAAAAAAAAAAA